AUGUUCCAAAAACGGCAGCUUCGUUUCAUCUAUCUCGUCAUACUGAUCGUUGUGAUCGUGUUGAUUUACAAAAGUUUUACCAGCCCCCAUCGAUCGUCGUCGGAUGAGGAACACGGUCCGGACGCCAGAGUGGAACAAACGUCCGAUGAAGCCGCUCCAAAGCCGUCCGAUGCUCCGAUUUACGUGAUGGUGUUCUACGAGGCACUGUGCCCCGACUCGAAGUACUUUGUGCUGCGUCAACUACAGCCCGCCUUCCAGCGAGCGCCUUCGAUAAUGGAAAUUCAGUUCAUUCCGUACGGCAAGGCGACGACCACCACCAAACAGGACGGAUCAUUGGCGUUCGAUUGUCAGCACGGACCGAUCGAGUGUGAAGCAAACAUAAUCCACGCGUGCGUUGUCGAAGCAGUGCACGAUGCGAAAACGCGGCUCGAUAUGGUGGCCUGCAUGAUCCGCGAUAAUAUUAUUCCGCGGGAGUCCUUCCAACGAUGCGCCAAAGAGCACGGUGUGGAGAUCGAAUCGAUACAAAAGUGCUACGACAGUCCGCAUGGUGCCGAAUUGCUAAAGUUGCACGGUGAGGCGACACACGCCCUGCGACCGCAGGUUAGCUUCAUACCGACGAUCACGCUCGAUGGAUCGCAGGGCAAUCAGAAGACGAUUCUGAAGGAUCUGUUCGGCUCCGUGUGCCAGGUGGCUGCCGGCAGAGGGCCGCUGCCGGAGGUGUGCAAAUGAUAGCAGCUAGUGUUGCACUUUUUCGUCCGCUACUUGCAGACGGAGGUGUUGGACGAGUUCCGGCAGCUUCCGGGACAGUUGCGUCGCGGGGUGUAUUGGCUGU